GCGGACUACGGCUUCCUGGGGCCCGGGGCCGCGUACGACUUCGCCGGUGCUCUGGGGCGCCCGGCCGACGACAGCGGGGCGCACGUCCACUACGCCGCCUCGGCCGUGUUCUCCGGAGGCGGCUCCUUCCUCCUCAGCGGCCAGGUGGAUUAUGCGGCCUUUGGCGAGACGGGCCCCUUCCCGGCGUGUCUCAAAGAGCCCGCGGAUGGCCCCCCCGGGGCCUUCCAGACCGCGUCCCCGGCCCCCGGCGCCUACCCCAAGUCCGUCUCUCCCACGUCCGGCCUCCCCGCCGCCGCCUUCAGCACAUUCGAGUGGAUGAAAGUAAAGAGGAACGCCUCUAAGAAAAGCAAACUCGCGGAGUAUGGAGCCGCCAGCCCCUCCAGCGCGAUUCGCACGAAUUUCAGCACCAAGCAACUGACAGAACUGGAGAAAGAGUUUCAUUUCAAUAAGUACUUAACUCGAGCCCGACGCAUUGAGAUAGCCAACUGCUUGCAGCUGAAUGACACCCAAGUCAAAAUCUGGUUCCAGAACCGCAGGAUGAAGCAGAAGAAAAGGGAACGAGAGGGGCUUUUGGCUACAGCCACCUCUGUGGCCUCCCUCCACCUUCCCCUCUCAGGAACGAGUCCCACCAAGUGUAGCAGGAACCCGGGCAGCCCUUCUCAAGCCCAAGAGCCUUCCUGAGGUCCAGUCUUGAGGUGGAAGAUCCUUGGUCGGCAGAAGACACCCCUAACCCUCUAUAGAUUAGCAGCUCAGUUUGGGGUGGAGGUGGGCGUGAGCAAAAAUUAGUAGGCAUUUCACUUGGGAAGGAACUAUAGUAUCUUAGUUGGCUCCUGAGUUCCAGACUGUGUGUGUACAUGCAGAUACUAAUUUGAUAUCUUUUAAGCCAUUUGUUUGCAUUUUAUUUGUGUCUUAGCAGGAAAAAUAUGUCCCCACCUGCCAGCCCAGCUCCACUGCUGUUGCCUAACUUAGUCAUAUACAAUUCUUGGGUGCAGAGUGGCAGGUCAGUUAGUUGAGUCCUGUCAACCCUGUGAUGUGUGCAGAAGACCAUUUGCCCAGAAGUGUUCUGGUUUUACUUUAAAGAACAGACUACAUAUACUGAGCUUCUUGAGAUGACCAAAGUUAGUUAGGGUCCCCUUGAUGUAGCCAAGCUGCUUCAAUGAUGAUCUGUUUACAAACUUGUGCUCCAGUUUUGUUUUCUUUGAAAAGCAGUUUCUACCUCUCCAUGUGCCUGAGUGAAGAUACAAUCGCUAUUUAGUUAGUAGCUGAAUAAAUUCACAGGGUGGGUAAAGAUUAGAACCUGAACUACACCUUGCAUCAGUUACUCAAACUUGAAUGUAAAUAUAUACAGUAUGUAUAUUUUUAAAAGGGUUUGCUUGCAAUGAACUUACAUAUGACAUUUAAUGUCAUAGCAUGUAAAGGGUUUGAGCUGUUUUGUAAUAAAAUGACACAAUCUA